ACCCAUUGCCAGCGUCUCCUGCUCGGUACGGGACGCCCCACCUGGCCUCAGUCAGCUUCUCCUGCCCCGGGCCCGGCCAGCAGCAGCGGACUCCCUACCCCUGGUGGAUGAGAGACGGUGCAGCGGGUCGCUCGGCUCCCAGCACACCUCCGACAGGCGCUCGGUCCCCGCAGGACUCUCUCACUCGGCACCGGAGCAGCGGCACAAGUCCCAGACGCAGACAUGGCUCUGAAGAUUGUCAAGGGGAGCAUCGAUCGGAUGUUCGACAAGAAUCUCCAGGACUUAGUACGUGGCAUCAGGAACCACAAGGAGGAUGAGGCCAAGUACAUCUCCACGUGCAUCGAUGAGAUCAAACAGGAGCUCAAGCAGGACAACAUCGCCGUCAAAGCCAAUGCUGUGUGCAAGCUCACCUAUCUUCAGAUGCUGGGCUAUGACGUCAGCUGGGCCGCAUUCAACAUUGUUGAAGUCAUGAGCUCCUCGAAGUUCACAUACAAGAGGAUUGGCUACCUGGCGGCUUCUCAGUGCUUUCACGAGAGCACCGAUGUCAUCAUGCUGACAACCAAUCAGAUCCGAAAGGAUCUCAGCAGUCCCAACCAGUACGACACAGGUGUUGCCCUCACUGGCCUCUCCUGUUUUGUGACCCCUGACCUCGCUCGGGACCUGGCCAAUGACAUCAUGACACUGAUGUCGCACACUAAACCCUACAUCAGGAAGAAAGCUGUGCUGAUCAUGUACAAAGUGUUCCUCAAGUACCCGGAGUCCCUGCGCCCUGCUUUCCCCAGGCUUAAAGAGAAACUGGAAGAUCCAGACCCAGGCGUCCAGUCAGCAGCAGUAAAUGUCAUCUGUGAGCUGGCCCGCAGAAAUCCCAAGAACUACCUGUCACUGGCACCGCUCUUCUUCAAACUCAUGACGUCCUCUACUAACAACUGGGUCCUCAUCAAGAUCAUCAAGCUGUUUGGUGCGCUCACACCACUCGAGCCACGGUUGGGGAAGAAGCUGAUCGAACCUCUGACUAACUUAAUCCACAGUACCUCCGCCAUGUCUCUGCUGUAUGAAUGUGUCAACACCGUGAUUGCAGUGUUGAUUUCUCUGUCCUCGGGGAUGCCUAACCACAGUGCUAGUAUCCAGCUCUGUGUGCAGAAACUGCGAAUCCUGAUCGAAGACUCGGACCAGAACUUGAAGUACCUGGGCCUGCUGGCCAUGUCAAAGAUCCUGAAGACCCACCCCAAGUCAGUGCAGUCUCACAAGGACCUCAUCCUCCAGUGUCUGGACGACAAGGAUGAGUCCAUCCGCCUUCGAGCUCUUGACCUGCUCUAUGGCAUGGUUUCUAAGAAGAACUUGAUGGAGAUCGUAAAGAAGCUGAUGCUGCACGUGGACAAAGCAGAAGGAACCACCUACAGAGACGAGCUUCUCACCAAGAUCAUUGACAUCUGCAGCCAGAGCAACUACCAGUACAUCACCAACUUCGAAUGGUACAUCAGUAUCCUGGUGGAGCUGACCCGGUUAGAGGGCACGCGGCACGGCCACCUCAUUGCCUCUCAGAUGUUGGAUGUUGCUAUUCGGGUUAAAGCCAUCAGGAUCUUCGCCGUGGCCCAGAUGGCUACUCUGCUGGACAACGCCCACCUGCUGACCGGCAACAUGCAGCGGAACGGCAUCUGUGAAGUGUUGUACGCUGCAGCCUGGAUCUGCGGCGAGUUCUCAGAACACCUGGAGAACCCAAUGCAGACGCUGGAGGCCAUGCUACGGCCAAAGGUGGCCACCCUCCCCGGCCACAUACAGGCAGUGUACGUGCAGAAUGCUGCCAAGCUGUUUGCCACCGUGCUGAAGAGCCAGGAGGGGAACACUGAAAGCACACCGGCACAGGAGACCAGCCAGCUGAUGGUUGAGAGGCUACCAGUGUUCGUCCAGAGCGCCAACCUGGAGGUGCAAGAGAGGGCGUCUUGCAUCCUGCAACUUGUCAAGUACAUCCAGAAACUGCAGCAGAAGGAUGUAGAAGUAGCAGAGGAAGUGAGUGCUCUGUUUGCUGGAGAACUCAACCCUGUGGCCCCCAAGGCACAGAAGAAAGUGCCUGUUCCUGAAGGUUUGGACUUGGACGCCUGGAUCAACGAGCCUCCGUCUGAGAGCGAGUCUGAGGAUGAGCAGCCCAAGGCUAUUUUCACCAGGGAGGAGACCAAACACUCCCGCCCCCGUCACACAGAGGUGGACGAGAAGGAACUGGCAAAGAGGAGAGAAGUCAGAAAGCAGGAGCAAGCCAACAACCCGUUCUACAUCAAGGCCUCCCCGUCCUCUCAGAAGGUUUAUCAGGACACCCAUGGAGUGGAGCACAUCCCAGUUGUGCAGAUUGACCUCAGUGUGCCUCUCAAAGUCCCAGGUCUGCCUAUGUCUGACCAGUACGUCAAGCUGGAGGAGGAGCGCCGGCAGAAGGAUAGAGCCGACAAGAAGAAGAAGAAGAAGGAGAAGAGGAAAGACAAGCGCACUGGACGAGGGAAGAGACAUGACUCCGGCCCAGAGAGCGAGGAGGACAUCACCCCUGCGCAUAUGGUCGACAUAGUUACUGAGGAGAUGCCAGAGAAUGCCUUACCCAGUGAUGAUGAUGACAAAGACCCCAAUGACCCUCACAAAGCGCUGGACAUCGACCUGGACAACUUGUUGGAGACGGCUGGGCGCAGGCCUCUUGCGGACAGCGAGAAGCUACCAGUCAGGUCGCACCGUGCAGCAGAGGCUCUAAAAAGCCCCGGCGAAGAUGGAGACGCAGUGAGUGCCGCCACACUUGAGCCCAGGAAGAAGAGAAGCAAAGAAAAGAGGGAGGAGAAGAAAAAGGAUAAAGACGGAGAUAGGAAGAAGAGCAAAGAAGAGAAGAAGAAGAAAAAACACAGACAUGAAGAUAAGGAGGAGAAUCUUCUCAGCGGUCAGGCAGACGAACCUGUGGUCCAAUCAGAAGAAAGCAGUCAGGUGGCGGCACCGCCCACAUCAACCAGCGCUGAGGUUUCGGAUCUGGAUUUCUGGCUCUCAAACGCUCCAGUGCCCUCUAACACCCAGGAAGCAGCAACAGUAGCAGCAGCAGCAGAAGUAGCCCCUGUGCCCGAGGCGGUCUCAGGCACGGCGCCAGACUCGGAGCCUGAUGAGCCUAAAGAUGCCGAGAUGGAGGAGACUAAGUCCUCCAAACACAAGAAGAAGAAGCAGAAGAAGGAGAAGGAAGAGAAGGAGAAGAAAAAGAAGAAGAAGCAUCAUCAUCAUCAUCGCCACAGUGACGCAGGUGGCGAAGAGUCUGUGCAGAAUGGCACUGUGGAGGAGGAAGAGCCUCUGCCGUCCAUGUCCAAUUACUGCCUGCUGGCGGAGAACUCCUACAUCAAGAUGAUGAUGGAAGAUGCUGAUCAGGUUUAUGACAUCCAGGGGAACCUUCAGGAUGGCAGUCAAGUCGUGGUGUCUGUUAUAUUUGAAAACAAGUGUGACAGCUUCCUCAAAUCCAUGGAGUUCAACGUCCUGGACUCGCUCAACUCCAAGCUGCAGAGGCCAGAGGGCUCGGGUCCACAUGAUGGCCUCACCGUCCCCUUCCAGCUUCCACCAGGGGUGUCCAAUGAGGCGCGAUUUGUCUUCACCAUGCAGAGCAUUGUGAUGCCCCAGAAGCUGAAGGGAACACUCACCUUCAUUGUCAAGAAUGACGACUCCUCUACUCAUGAGAAACUGGACUUCAAACUGCACUUUACCUGCACCUCCUACCUAAUUUCCACUCCUUGCUACAGUGAUGCGUUUGCAAAGCUGCUGGAGUCAGGGGACCUGAAGAGCAGCUCUGUCAAACUGGAGGCUGUCGUUAUGCCCUUCCACCACCUACUAGCCAGGGUCUGCUUCCACCACCACUUCUCAGUUGUGGAGAGGAUCGACUCCUGUGCCUCCAUGUACAGCAGGACUAUCCAGGGUCACCACGUCUGUCUGCUAGUCAAAACUGCUGAUCAGACAGUUUCCAUCGACGCUAAAUGUGACGAGCCGACGCUGCUUGGGAAUGUGCUGGAUGAGAUCAAGCAGACCUUCUCUCAGUGCUGAUUGUGUCUGACAGCCCCGGGGUGCCCCCCACCGCCGGCCACAUCAACCCGUGCCCCCCCCCACCUCUCCCUUACUGAAACACAGUAUAAUCAUAUUAUGAAACACUGAGGCUGGCACUUCCAUCACCGUUCCUCUGGUCCUGAAAUUUCCAACAUUUCUUUCCCCCUUACCUUCCUUCCACUUCAGCAUUCUACAGUCUGUUUUUUCCUCUGAGCUCUGUGGUCGCUCUCCCGACUCUCGAUGUUGUUUUACAGACUCGCUGUGUCCACGCUCCGUCUUCACUGCAAUGCACUUUCAUCUUCCCUCCUGGUUUUAUUCAGCUCCUCACAGCCGCCCCCUGUUUCCAGCCCCCGACUCUGUACUUUUGCUCCUGUUUCUGGACGCCCUGCGUACUCUGCUCUUUCCUGUAUACCUAUACGCCCUCUACUCUGUCGGCAAUUCAGUCUACGACAGUCAUGUAAUGUAAUGUUGAAAACUGGACUUUUGUUGUUGAUGGUUGAAUUGUGUUUUUACCGUUUUGAAGUUUUUGUUUGUUUGCUUAUUUCUGUUCAUUUUAUUUGUCUAAAGCCUUCCUGCGCCUUUGUCUCACCCCCGUCUGUCUGCUCACUAAAUAUCUAUGUAGGCCUGGAACAACCAUGUGACCGAAUCCUUCUCUGAUUGGUCCUAGCUGGAGAAAAAAAAUGGGGAGUGUAACUUGCUCACCCACCUCUGAUAAGGUGCCUAGAGGAGACCAGAUACUAGGUGACUGCAGUGAGAAUAGUGCAGAGAUUAAACCAAAGCUACAUACAAGGCCAGGGUCUUGAACUAGUAUCAGAGCUGUUCCCCUGUUGCCUUUCUGGCGAGGCUUGGCACAGAUCGGCCUGUGCGAGUGUAGCGGAACGAUUGGUACUAGGGAGGACUUGUGCAGCAGACCAGUGGUUUUGCUCUGUGCCUUUAGUCGUGCUGUCGGACCUACUCCAGCGCUUCGGGAUUCUCAUAGAGCCCAACCUCCCUCUCCUGCGUAUUCGCUCCCUCGUCCAACUGUGCCACGCUGCAGUUUGCCCCAAUCCUCCUCCUUCCCCACCACCACAAGAACAUCCAACAUAUCAUUCCUGUCACUAAUCUAUGAAGAAAUUGGAAGAAUGUAAAAUGAAUGGAAAGAAACUGUCAACCGAUCAGAAGUGUGCUGUGAGAUUUCUGUUUCAGUUUGCUGUCAGGCCAAUGCCGCCUUCCUCAGCCUCUGCUUCGACUUCAGGAUGGAGUUCUUAGUUGUAAACGAGAUGUUACAUUGUAAUUAUACAGAAGCAUUGUCUUAUUUUUUAAGAAGCUGCCGUGGUGCUGACCGCCUUCAUGUGUGUCACCACAUGAACACGUUUGUGACAGAAUAAUCUGAAAAACACGAGAGCCGCUGAUGUUACAUCACUGUCUUGCCACCAAUGACUUGCUGAAGGAUGACAUAGUUACACUGUCAACCUCUCUGCAUUUUUUAAACCAGCUGCUCUGCAUAUCAGGUUGCUGUAGUUGUUCUCUCUGUAAGCAGAGACUGUGAAAUGGUCGGUGGUUUUAGGUUCUCCUAAAUUAGCAAGGCAACGUGGCUUCCACGCUCUGUCAACAGCAGAACAGAGUUUUGCCUGUCUCCAUGUGUUAUCAUGUGGAACAUAUGUGUCUGUGCCACUUUCGCAUCACGGUAGCUGCACUCAGGCUGCCUGACACUCAGCCGGCGUGCAUCCAGAUAAAUCCCUGAUGUUUCUUCUCCCUUGUUAGAAACUGCCUUGCCACUGUUUUGUGCAUCGUGAACGAGAAAGGCCGAUCUUUAAAAGAAACUGCCUCCUCUCAGAAGUCUCUCAAAGGUACUUGGAUGUUUUUGUUUGCGUCUUCAUCUCACUACAUAGUGCAGCACGACUUAAUCCCAGUAGUAGCAAGAUAAAAAACCUACUUGGUAGCGUCUCUGUUCAUAUAGCCUGAUAAGGCCCCUUCACAUCUCUGCUUUUGUAGAUAACAACUAUAUGAUGUCUGUGACCUUAGGGUCAGAUCAGCCAUUCCACGAGAUCUUCUGUCCAGUAAUAGUGUCUGAAUACAGAGGUGAUCAGCUGUAUAUCAGGAAUGUCAAUAGGAAAGGAGUAUUUAUGUCAUCCCUGUUUGUUCCUGAAAAUGACUGAUAUCAGUGAAAAUGGGAAAAAAAAAAACAACUUCCCUAAUCAUACAUUGUCCUUUUAGUAUUUUCUUGUGCAUAAUGUUUGAUUAAAUUUGUAUAAUGCAUGAUUAGGAAUGUACUCUUUUUAUUUCCUGUUCAUCGGACAUGCUAACACAAACAAAAACAGUGUCAUUCCAUCUUGUCCUUUUUUCCAUUUUUUUUUAUUAUUAUUAUUAUACAGUUCAGUUGACCAUUUUCUGUUUUGAUGGUAUUCUGUUUUUAUCUAUUCUAAAACCAUUCAUUUGAAGAAAUGAAAAAAAGAUACUGUUGAAUGUUUUAAAUUAUUAAACACAGGGGGAGGGAAGGGGGUUCUGUUUGCUGUCAUGACCACAGGGCUUGGGGCUCCGAAUAGUAAGUUGACGAACACGGGUCACGAUGUGAAGCAGUGUACUGAGAGACAACCCACUCUUGUCUUAAAUCUCUAUUGGUUCAGUUGUAGUGAGUUAUUUUACUGACGUUGGCUUGUGAGAUUGAUUUAUACUCCGAUAUGACUCUGAUUUCUGAAGGUCCUGUCUUUUCAUUUCUCCAUAACUCAGUUCUCCAGCUGUGUAACGUAAAAUGUUUUAAAGGGGGCAACAUCAAUGAUCCACAUUCCCUUUAAAGAAAGUCCAACCCAAAUUAAAAAUAAAGGCUUUAAGAAGCUGC